GGGAAGGAGGAGGUCCAGGGAAAGGAGGAGGUCUAGGUAAAGGAGGUGGUCUAGUGAAAGGAGGAGGUCUAGGGAUAGGGGAAGGUCUAGGUAAAGGAGGUGGUCUAGGGGAAGGAGUAGGAGAAAGCCUAGAGAAAGGAGGAGGUCUAGGGAAAGGAGAAGGAGAAAGUUUAGGGAAAGGAGGAGGUCUAGGUAAAGGAGGAGGCAUAGGGAAAGGAGGAAGUCUAGGGAAAGGAGAAGGCAUAGAGAAAGGAGGAGGCAUAUGGAAAGGAGGAGGUCUAGGGAAAGGAGGAGGCAUAGGGAAAGGAGGAGGUCGAGGGAAAGGAGGAGGCAUAGGGAAAGGAGGAGGUCUAAGGAAAGAAGGAGGCAUAGGGAAAGGAGAAGAAGAAGGCCUAUGGAAAGGAGGAGGUUUAGGGAAAGGAGGUAGUCUAGGGGAAGGGGAAGGCCUAGGGAAAGGAAGAGGAGAAAGCCGAGGGAAAGGAGGAGGUCUAGGGGAAGGGGAAGGCCUAGGGGAAGGGGAAGGCCUAGGGAAGGAGAAGGCCUAG